AAGAUCAAACAUGCCUACAAAUUAUAGCCACCAAUCUUGAUAACCUCAACGACAGUGCUUUAAGCUUUGAAUAGUUUCAGACUCUCUCAAAGUGAUAUGAUACCCAUCGCCAUCAACACAUCAUUUCAGAGUGGCAAGCUACUGUUGUUUUGUCAAUGCAUAAAUUCCCAAACAAUAGCACAAAGCCAGAAGAAGAACGCUUGAAUAUGAAAAUGGAAGGUGAAAAGGCUAUUAUGAGAGAUCAGCAAGAACCAAGGGAUACUUUCAGAAUUGCCUACUUCAUCCAUUUCUUGCUUGGUGUUGGCAAUUUGCUCCCUUGGAAUGCUUCAAUCACAGCAGUUGAUUACUUUGGCUACCUGUAUCCAACCAAACAUGUCGAGAAGGUUUUCUCCGUUGCUUACAUGACUUCUUCUGUGCUCCUUCUGGUUCUUAUGAUUGCUUGGGAUGGAUGGUCAAAGAAGACGAGCUUUAGAUUUCGAAUGAACAUGGGUUUUUCUUUGUUUAUCCUGUCUAUUCUAGUGUCUCCUAUUAUGGAUUGGGCUUCAAGCAUGACCGGUUCGAACUGGAGACCAAACGAAGCUUAUAGUGUGAUCGUUGCAUCAAUUGUCGCGUGUGGUUUGGCCGAUGGCUUAGUAGCAGGAAGUUUGAUAGGAUCAGCUGGCAGGCUGCCAAAACAAUUUAUGCAGGCUGUGUUUGCAGGGACUGCUUCUUCAGGUGUUCUUGUUUCAAUCUUGAGGAUUAUUACAAAGGCCUCACUUUCACAAUCGCCAAAGGGUCUACAAAAGAGCGCGCAUUUGUACUUCAUUGUUGGUGCUUCGAUCCUCUUUUGCUGCAUAGUGUCGUGUAACUUGUUGUGCAAGCUGCCAGUGAUGCAGCAUUAUUAUAGAGAUCUUCUAGAUGAACCUCCAUGUUCAAAAUCCAAGUUCUGGACAGUGGUGGCUAAAAUUCGGUGGCCUGCAUUCGGAAUUUUCAUAACUUAUGUCGUUACACUAUCAAUUUUUCCAGGAUUCAUAGCUGAGGACCUGGAAUCUAACCUGCUUCAAGAUUGGUAUCCUAUUCUGCUGAUCACAAUAUACAACAUUGCAGACUUAGUUGGGAAAUCUCUAACUGCAAUAUACAUCUUGAAAAACAUCAAGAAAGCAACAUGGUUUUGCAUCAGCAGGCUUCUAUUUUAUCCACUGUUCAUGGCCUGCAUCCACGGCCCAAGGUGGCUAAGAACCGAAUUGCCCGUGAUUGUUCUGACUUUUUUGCUCGGUUUGAGCAAUGGGUAUCUGACAAGUGUUAUCAUGAUCAGUACUCCCAAGUUAUUACCUGCAUCAGAGGCAGAGUUGUCUGCCAUUGUAAUGGUUGUGUUCCUGGGCAUUGGGUUGGUCGGUGGCUCCGUUCUAGGCUGGUUUUGGAUCCUUUGAAGUUGAACCAAACUCAAUAAAUUGUUCAGUACCCCGUUCACAGAAGUUCACAAAAGAGGUACUACAAGCUGAUAAAAUGUUGUCUAGUCCAAAUUGUCUGAAUAGAGAACUUUUUGCCAAAUUUUCAACAAGAUAUAAAGUGCGCCAGCAGACAAGUUAACAGGCUUAACAUUUAAACCACCACCACACCACCAUGUUCAACUGCUGAAAAAAGCAAACCGAACUCGAAGACAUGAAGAAGAAGCUGACAGAAACUUUUUCACUCAAGUGGCAUCUCUCUCCAUGUUCAAUCUAGGGUAGUAGUAACAGAUUUAGCAUUAGAAACCAGUUGUAGUAGUUUCCUCGUUUCUUUCUUCUUACAGGUAAAUUCAGGCACUCUAUUUUCUCUCCUUCAAAAACAAAAUUUUAUGAAGGAAUUGUAGUGACAUCCCAAUUUAAACUAUCCAGAUCAGAUCCUGCAAACUCUAGGCUUGCAGGCUGAGCAUGAAUAAUCGGCAAUAGAACAGUUGUUUCAAAAUAUACAAGAGUCCAUUUCAUUCAGUUGUAUAAUGCAACUCAGAACCAAAACAUGCCCCAAUGAAGAGUGAAACAGAGACACAGAAAGAAUAUUCUCUAAACAUAAAGCUAAAAUAUAUCUUAUAACUUAUUUUCUUUCUACAACUUUCAUUCCGUAGGGAGAAAUUCAAUAUCUUUGGACGAUACAACUCACUACUGCACAAAAAAGAACACUAAUACUAAGGCCAAGAAGGGAAUAUAAACAGGGUUAAGAGAUGUUAUCUCUGAAGGUAUGAUACAAAAGAUAUGAAGCCAGGAGAAGUCUAAGAACUAAGAAGCAGCAGCAAGAGGGGGUGGGGAUUGUACUCCUUGGAAGAAGCUCGUUGCUGGUUUUUCUCUAAAGUUUUCUUCCCCCACUUCCUCUUCUUCCUCUUCUUCUUCUUCUUCUUCUUCAUCAGCAU